UUACGUCAUAGCAAAAUUCUCAUAGCCUCAGUGCGCCAUUUUGAAUCUUAGUUUCAGAAAUUAGGUUAGAAAAUCCGCCUUCAUCGCGGACCAGGAAGAUGUAAAUAUCAGAGAUAACAAUAAUUCCUUUGAUACAGCUUAUUAUUUAGUCACACGAAAGACUUUGGCUUCCGGAAUGGCUGGCAAUGGUGGAGAGAUUCAGUGGUGCUUCUCACAGGUUAAGGGAACGAUAGAAGAGGAUAUAACCGAGGCUGAUAUUAUUUCCUGUGUCGAGUUCAACAGUAAUGGACAGUUGUUAGCCACAGGUGAUAAAGGAGGACGUGUUGUGAUAUUCCAGCGCGAUGGCAAGGGUAAUCCACAGUUUACCGGAGCCCGUGGGGAAUACAAUGUAUACAGCACAUUCCAGAGUCAUGAACCCGAGUUUGAUUAUCUGAAGAGUUUAGAGAUUGAAGAAAAAAUUAACAAGAUUAGAUGGUUAAAAAGAAGUAACCCUGCCAACUUCCUAUUAUCUACUAAUGACAAAACAGUCAAGUUGUGGAAAGUUACAGAAAGAGAUAAAAGAGCUGAAGGGUACAACUUGAAGGAUGAUGCUGGUCUCCUGCGCGAUCCAACAUCUAUUACAUCAUUACGGGUACCAAGCUUCAAACCGAUGGAGCUACUGGUGGAGGCAAGUCCGCGGCGUAUUUUUGCCAAUGCUCAUACAUACCACAUCAACUCUAUCUCUGUGAACAGUGACCAGGAAACCUACCUGUCUGCUGAUGACCUUCGCAUCAAUCUAUGGCAUUUAGAAGUUACAAAUCAGAGUUUUAAUAUAGUAGAUAUAAAACCAGCCAAUAUGGAGGAACUGACGGAAGUCAUAACAGCCGCAGAAUUCCAUCCCACAGAGUGUAACCUGUUUGUAUAUAGUAGCAGUAAAGGCACUAUACGACUCUGUGAUAUGAGGGAGCAAGCUUUAUGUGACAAACAUGCCAAAUUGUUUGAAGAGCCCGAGGACCCAACUAAUAGAAGUUUUUUCUCAGAGAUUAUAUCCAGUAUAUCAGAUGUAAAAUUUAGUCAUAAUGGUCGUUAUAUGGUGACACGGGAUUAUCUGUCUGUGAAGGUCUGGGACCUGCAGAUGGAUUCUAAACCUAUAGAAACAUUUCAAGUACACGAAUAUCUACGUAGUAAACUGUGUUCAUUGUACGAGAAUGACUGUAUAUUUGACAAGUUUGAAUGUGCUUGGAGUGGAAAUGAUAGACAUAUUAUGACUGGAUCGUACAACAAUUUCUUUCGCAUGUUUGACCGCGACUCUAAACGCGAUGUGACAUUGGAAGCGAGUCGUGAAAAUGUGAAACCAAAAACAGUCUUAAAACCACGUAAAGUGUGUAGUGGAGGGAAACGAAAGAAGGAAGAGAUUAGCGUAGAUUGCCUGGACUUUAAUAGGAAAAUUCUCCACUCGGCUUGGCAUCCUCAAGAGAAUAUCCUGGCCGUAGCAGCAACAAAUAACUUGUAUCUAUUCAGCUCUAAAGAAUAGGUUAAUUUGUUACUUUUGUUAAAUUCCUAGGAUAUUUCAAUUGUACCAACAUACCAGAAGAUUAUCUAUCAUCGGAAGUGAAAAACCUGGUGUGUUGUAUGUGUAAAUAGAACCGUGUUAAAAGUAGGAGGUAAACAAAUGGACAUGUGUUCAAGACUUCAGGUGAUCUUUGAAUUAAUGGAUAACUUAAGGGCACAGAUGGCUGAAAUUCUAGAUAUCUUGUUAUGACAUGCUCUUGCUAAAACAACCAAUAUGUCAUACCAAUAAUUUCUUUAUUGAUAAAGAAUUAUGGGUACAAGGAAUUAAUAACAUUACUAUAAGGAAAUUCAUAGGCUGAAGGUUUAUCUGAGGAAGAGGUGUUAAACUUUAAAGGUGUAACCAUGUACACUGUUGAUGAAAAAAGAGGGUUAUAAAGUGAAGAAAGAGUUAAGAACAAACCAUAUCAUACGCUGAUAUUCCAGUUGAAUGUGUAUUGUUGUUCCGUAUUUAAACCAUUGCACACUUGAGUGCAUAUUUGUUGGUAGAAUUACACAAAUGUUGUUGGUCAUGGUGAACGCAUAUUAGGUGGGGUGGGAGAGAAAAAUUACAGCAAAUGUUGGUAGUAUUUUUCUGUUUCAUAUAUUCUGAGUAGUAGAUUUUUGAUGGCUUAUUUGUGAUAUGUUUGAAUACUAAGAUCAGGUUUUUGUACAGCAAUAUGCUUCUUAAAUUUGAAUGAAAUAUCAUAAAUGUAGUAAAUGAAAAAGUAAGAAAAGGGUUAGUAUUUGCUACGGAUAACAAUUAGUAUAUUCGUGUUCUAGUUUAAGCAAGUUGUUGCGAAAAUCAGUUGUAAGAAAAAACAUCUACAUGAAAAGUAGCAAAUCCAAUCCUCGAGAAAGAAUCUUUUGGCCAAAGUGUGUUGAUUAUACUUUAAAACAAUAUCUUUGUUAACUUAAAAUAUUAAGAUGCGAUAAUAUUUAUAUACAUGUAUGUGAUUUAAAUGUAAAAAUCAAAAUAUGUGGAGUGAAGACCUGUUGGGCAUUUGAAAAUGUACUGUAAGACUUGAUAUUUAAAACUAGUCCCUUUUUAGCUCGACUAUUCGAUAAGAAUAAGUAGAGCUAUUGCAGUCACCCGAGCGUCGGCGUCGGCGUAACCACUUAUGUUAAAGUUUUUGUAAUAGUUCAAAUAUUUUCAAAGUCCAUUGACAUAUGGCUUUCAAACUUUGCACACUUGUUCACCAUCAUGACCCCAACCUGUAGACAGGAGGAGGUAACUCUAUCAAGCAUUUUGACAGAAUUAUGCCCCUUUUUCGACUUAGAAUUUACGUUAAAGUUUUUGUAAUAGUUCAAAUAUUUUCAAAGUCCAUAGACAUAUGGCUUUGAAACUUUGCACACUUGUUCAACAUCAUGACCCCAACCUGUAGACAGCAGGAGGUAACUCUAUUAAGCAUUUUGACAGAAUUAUGCCCCUUUUUCGACUUAGAAUUUACGUUAAAGUUUUUGUAAUAGUUCAAAUAUUUUCAAAGUCCAUUGACAUAUGGCUUUGAAACUUUGCACACUUGUUCAACAUCAUGACCCCAACCUGUAAACAGGAGGAGGUAACUCUAUCAAGCAUUUUGACAGAAUUAUGCCCCUUUUUCGACUUAGAAUUUACGUUAAAGUUUUUGUAAUAGUUCAAAUAUUUUCAAAGUCCAUUGACAUAUGGCUUUCAAACUUUGCACACUUGUUCACCAUCAUGACCCCAACCUGUAGACAGGAGGAGGUAACUCUAUCAAGCAUUUUGACAGAAUUAUGCCCCUUUUUCGACUUAGAAUUUACGUUAAAGUUUUUGUAAUAGUUCAAAUAUUUUCAAAGUCCAUUGACAUAUGGCUUUCAAACUUUGCACACUUGUUCACCAUCAUGACCCCAACCUGUAGACAGGAGGAGGUAACUCUAUCAAGCAUUUUGACAGAAUUAUGCCCCUUUUUCGACUUAGAAUUUACGUUAAAGUUUUGUAAUAGUUCAAAUAUUUUCAAAGUCCAUAGACAUAUGGCUUUGAAACUUUGCACACUUGUUCAACAUCAUGACCCCAACCUGUAGACAGCAGGAGGUAACUCUAUUAAGCAUUUUGACAGAAUUAUGCCCCUUUUUCGACUUAGAAUUUACGUUAAAGUUUUUGUAAUAGUUCAAAUAUUUUCAAAGUCCAUUGACAUAUGGCUUUGAAACUUUGCACACUUGUUCAACAUCAUGACCCCAACCUGUAAACAGGAGGAGGUAACUCUAUCAAGCAUUUUGACAGAAUUAUGCCCCUUUUUCGACUUAGAAUUUACGUUAAAGUUUUUGUAAUAGUUCAAAUAUUUUCAAAGUCCAUUGACAUAUGGCUUUGAAACUUUGCACACUUGUUCACCAUCAUGACCCCAACCUGUAAACAGGAGGAGGUAACUGUAUCAGGCAUUUUUUUUACUAUCAAGCACUAAGAAUAGUCGAGCAUGCUGUCCUACCGACAGCUCUUGUUGUUUAUGAUACACCGGAAAACUCAAAAUAACUUAACAUUUUGCCAUUGUUGUUUUCAUAAUAGUAAAUCUUCUGAAAUGUACAGUUAAUUCAACUUAACUUGACAGUGACAAAAUGAGCCUAGUGUCACAUUAAUAGAGUUUCAGUCAUAUUUUAAUUGAAAUAAUAUACAGUGAAGACACCGAGUCUCUGACUUGAAGAAAAACUUUGUCUUCAUCCAACUUCAAAAUAAUAUAGGAUCAUGAGAACUGAUAUGCAGAUUUUCACUUCAUAAAGUUUUACGUAGAUAAAUUCCAAGAUGGUCUUCAGUGCUAAAUAUAUAAAGCAAAGUGCUAGAUCUAAUGUUUAGAUACUCUUCUUGUUGAUAAGUAAUUAUUAUUUGUUAAAGUUUCAAUGUACAGACCUGUAAGCAACAGCAUUGAAACAGAUCAAAUCUUGCAUUAGGUUCUGAGCGGAAUAGGUUUUUACUACCCCGUAUCAUUGUUGCCAUUUGAUUUUUACGUUAGAUUUAUUAGUUUCCAUCACUUAGAUUAGAUCAUUUUAAACAGCAUAUAUUCAGCUAAAAAAUGCCAAUUUUUUUUUUUGAUUUACCUAUUGAAUGUUCUUUGUAUGCAAUUUUGGUGCAAAAUACAAUUAAAAUGAGUAUUUGUCUAGAUAUAUUGUACUAUCAGUUGUUACUUUCAUCAUUCCAGCAGUAUUUUCAUUGUUUCCCAUAUUAAUUUGUUUUUGAGAUAUUAUUCCUGUAAUAGCCACAGAAACCAUAAUCUGUAAGUAGAUAUAAUUUUUCACAACUUUGAAUGUAUAAUAGAAUUGCCUUCAGGAACAUCUUAAAGUUUUAGGAAUAGAAAAAUAACAAGGAAAAUGAAGUUUCUGACAUAUUUGAGUAGAGUAAAUGUUCUUUAGAUUCAUAAAAGCCCCAUAGGAUGAAUUUGCGGCUUACUGGUUUUGAUUUGUAUAUUUGUCACAAAAAUUUCACUGACUAUAUCAUCAAAGUCCUCCCACAUACUGCCCCCAAACUUCACAGGUGCUUGCACCUUCACGAGUUCUUCUAACUGCCAUAUCCACUUAGAGGUCACCAGGGUAUUAGGUAAUAGGGGAGCUUGGUGUCCAUUGAAAGAAGCGCUUGUUUGGACUGCAAGUUUGAUAUAUCAAGACCUGGGGCUAUCACAAACUAUACAUUUCAUAAAAUUCUACCUAGUGUAAAAGGUUGGUUUCCUAUGUUGUCAUCAUACCUGUAUGGGAAUACAAGAGAUUUUAGAACCCCCCCCAUACACCUUAAAUUUGCUUCAUUCAUAUAUAUUUAGAUCAUGUAUGUAUCUUUUCCAAGAGUGCAAUAGAAAGUUGAUUAUCUAAGUCUUGUAUCAAGUAUUUUAGUUUGAAACCUAACAAGCUGGGGUCUAAUCCAGGAUAAAGCCAAAUAGAGUUUAUAGAGGACGGGUUAUAUACAUGUUAUAUAUUCAAAACUGAUACAAAAAUAUUUUUUGUUGAAAUGGUUAAAAUAAUAUUAAAUGAAAAAAAGGCACAUGCAAAAAUUAUGAUUGAUUUUUAUUUUGCAGUUGUCAUGAUUUCUUUAAAACAAAUUUCAUACAACAUUAACAUCUAGAAAUAGUCGAGAAUUGGAAGUAUUUUAUAAAAUAAUAUGCUAAAAAGUUACUUAGUCCCUUCAUUAUUAUAUUUUGUUUAUUUUUCUGUUUAUCACAAUGCCUGAAAAUAUGCUUGUUUAUUUAUUGUUUUAAAUAUCUACCAUUAAAACCAUAAUAUGUCAUGGAAAAUAAGUAAAAGUGUCUGACUUUGUUUGUUUUUUUUGGGGGGGGGUUGCAAAGUAUACACCUUGUGCAAGUGAAUAUUUAAAAUUAUCUUGACAGAAAUCUUGUGUCUCAAGAUGUAGGCUAGCUUUUUGUAAUUAUUGUUAUUAUUAGACAAUGUAGAUUGGUAUGUUACAGUGAUUUUCCUACUUAUAUAACAGACUCCGAAAAAAGGCCUCUUCCCAAUUGAAAUUUUCUUUAAAAUCAUGGAGUUUUCCCAAAAAUCUGAACUUAAACCAGCUUUUU